GGAUUUAAGAGUCUGAGACUGCUUCGUUUCCGGGGGCACUGACGGCUUCAUCCCGUUAUCCCGAGUCCCUUAAUGCCUCUUGUGAUAACUGGCAGGGGUAAUACCACUAUCCAGCCUUGAUGGGGGGGCGUAUCCUUUCCGGAUGUGAAAAACACGUUGACCCGGAAAAGGAGGAGGCCACGGCAGUGGGGCCUUCGGCGGCGGCUAUGGAAGUAGCCGGCUACAGGGUGGUCUUUGAGAAAGGAGGCGUGUACCUGCACACCAGCGCUAAGAAGUACCAGGACCCGGACUCCCUCAUCGCUGGCGUCAUCCGCGUGGUGGAGAAGGAUAAUGAUGUCCUUCUGCACUGGGCUCCUAUAGAGGAGGCUGGAGAUUCCACUCAAAUCCUUUUCUCCAAGAAGGACUCCAGCGGGGGAGACUCCUGUACUUCUGAGGAGGAGCCAACCUUUGACCCUGGCUAUGAACCUGACUGGGCUGUCAUCAGCACUGUGCGGCCACAGUCCUGUCACUUAGAGCCCACAAGAGGUGCAGAGCCCAGCUCCCCCCAGGGUUCCUGGGCCUUUUCCGUGAGUCUGGGGGAGCUCAAGUCCAUCCGCCGUUCCAAGCCUGGCCUCAGCUGGGCCUACUUGGUUCUGGUGACCCAGGCUGGGGGCUCCCUGCCUGCCCUGCACUUCCACCGUGGGGGCACCCGUGCCCUGCUCCGUGUCCUCAGCCGCUACCUGCUGUUGGCCAGCUCCCCACAGGACUCCCGCCUCUACCUUGUCUUCCCUCACGACUCCUCCGCCCUCUCCAACUCCUUCCACCACCUGCAGCUCUUUGACCAGGACAGCUCCAAUGUGGUGUCUCGCUUCCUCCAGGACCCCUAUGCUACCACCUUUAGCAGCUUCUCCCGAGUGACCAACUUCUUCCGGGGAGCCCUGCAGCCACACCCUGAGGGGGCCUCUCCUGACCUUCCCCCACCACCCGAUGAUGAGCCAGAGCCAGGGUUCGAGGUCAUUUCCUGUGUGGAGCUGGGACCUCGGCCGGCUGUGGAGCGGGCUCCUCCUGUCACUGAGGAAGAGUGGGCUCGCCAUGUGGGCCCUGAGGGCCGCCUUCAGCAUGUCUCAGAGCUGAAGAGCCGGAUCUUCUCGGGGGGUCUGAACCCAGGACUGCGGCGCGAGGCAUGGAAAUUCCUCCUGGGGUACCUCAGCUGGGAGGGCUCAACUGAGGAGCACAAGGCCCACGUGCGCAGGAAAACUGAUGAGUAUUUCCGUAUGAAGCUGCAGUGGAAAUCUGUGAGCCCUGAGCAGGAGCGGAGGAACUCACUUCUGCACGGAUACCGCAGCCUCAUCGAGAGAGAUGUGAGCCGCACUGACAGGACCAACAAGUUCUAUGAGGGUCCUGAGAACCCAGGGCUGGGCCUGCUGAAUGACAUCCUGCUUACAUACUGCAUGUACCACUUCGACCUCGGCUACGUCCAGGGCAUGAGUGACCUUCUCUCCCCGAUCCUUUACGUCAUUCAGAAUGAGGUGGAUGCCUUCUGGUGUUUCUGUGGCUUCAUGGAGGUUGUGCAAGGGAACUUUGAAGAGAGUCAAGAGACCAUGAAGCGGCAACUUGGGCAACUUCUGCUUCUCUUGAGGGUGCUGGAUCCCCCACUAUGCGACUUUCUGGACUCCCAGGACUCAGGCUCUCUCUGCUUCUGCUUCCGGUGGCUGCUCAUCUGGUUCAAGAGGGAAUUUCCCUUCCCGGAUGUCCUUCGGCUGUGGGAGGUGCUGUGGACAGGGCUCCCGGGCCCCAAUCUGCACCUGCUGGUGGCCUGUGCCAUCCUGGACAUGGAGCGGGAUACCCUCAUGUUGUCUGGCUUUGGCUCCAAUGAGAUCCUCAAGCACAUCAAUGAAUUGACCAUGAAGCUCAGUGUGGAGGACGUGCUGACACGGGCUGAGGCGCUCUACCUGCAGCUCACUGCCUGCCCCGAGCUGCCUCACAAUGUGCAGGAGGUGCUGGGUCUGGCACCGCCUACAGAGCCCCGCAGCCCUUCACCACCUGCCUCCCCUCUUCCCCUGUCACCCACCCGAGCCCCGCCAGCCCCUCCGCCGCCCACGGAUACAGCCCCGCAGCCCGACAGCAGCCUGGAGAUCCUGCCAGAAGAUGAGGAUGGCGCAGACCCCUAACCCAGUCAGCGAGAGCACUGGCACUUUUUCUCACCAGGGACAGGGCGGAGGCAGGAUGAGGGGGUGUGCUCCUGAUAAGCUGACUUCAUUCAUUAAACGCCCUUCUCACAGCCAGUCAGCCCUGUUGUUGAGGGAAGGAGGCUGCACUUUGGCUUUGACCUGGAUGGGGAAGGGGUAGUGGCUCUGAAGUCCCUUUUGUGGCUCUGCAGAGCAGAAGCAUGACCUCUUGGCCAGUGAAACACAGGAGAGACCCCUUGAGGGUGAGUGAUGGGGUUUGGUGGAAGGUAGGGCCUCUUCACCUGCUUGUUUUGGGAUUUGGGAGGAGUGACUCAGGGCUGGGGCUGCCACCUAGUAGCUGUGCUGGGACACUUCCCAGACAUAACUGACACACACUCUGGUGACCUUGCCUACCAGCUGCUUCUGUUUAGAAAAAUAAACUUAUGUUUAACCCACUG